AUGCACCAAAGCCCGGUGGUUAGUCUAUUCAGAAAGAACAAGAAGGUAGAGAAGGUAAUUAGUGGUGGUAGUAGUGUAGGUGGGGGUGUGGGUGACGGUUUAAGUGGAAGUGUAUCUCACAAUCAGGUAAGUAAUGGUAAUGAAAAUAUGUCGGUGGAAAAGCAUCCUAUUUUGAAGAGGAUGCCCAAAUUCAUGUUACCAUAUACUAAAAAUUUUAUCCAUGCACCGGUAUCGCACGUCACAGCAUUUUUAAUACUUCAUGAGUUAUCGGCGAUCGUGCCUUUGGUUGGGAUCUGGUACGUGUUCCACAAGUACCAGUGGUCGAUUCCGUUGGACCUCCCAUCAUGGGCCAUCGACAAGGGGACGCACAUAAUCGACAAAUCAAUGGCUCAAUUUGAUUUCCGAAACUUCUCAUUCCAGGAGAAGGCUAACUUUAUCAUGGAGGGGGCAUAUGCAUAUGUUAUUGUCAAAGGGUUGUUUCCCGUGAGAAUCAUAUUCAGUGUUUUGUCCAUGCCUUGGUUUGCAAAGUAUUUCGUCAUCCCGUUCACACGUAUGUUCAGCUUCAGAAAGAAGAAACAGCCUAAAGUACCAGAGGUUGAGUCGAAAAAGGAAGGAAGUGAGAUCACCCAGAAGAAAGUGACCAAACCAAGAUUGUAA